AUGGAUAAUAAUUUAUCAAAAUUGAUUUUGUUAUUUGGUGUAAGCCACCUUCAGUGUUUAAAUUCAUCGUUGGAUUCAAAAAAAAACCUGCUUCUUCGUUUAACAUCAAAAACAUCAAAAGUGCGUAUAAGAAAUGUUAUGGUAAUCACAAGUUUAUAUGAUGACAUUGACUUUAAAUGCCAUUUUAGACUCACAAGAAGUUCAGUUGAAAUUCUUAUGUGCAAGGUAAAACCAUUUUAUAUUUCACCAAAUUCUGUAGUUGGAAGGCCAUCAGUGGACUACAAAAAGGCAACGUUGAUGACUGUCUGGUAUUUGAGCAAUACGGAAGAAAUCGUCAAAUUGGAGAUCGGAAGCUCUGAAGCCGCAACAAUAAAAAAUUUUAAAAGGUUGACAUUUAAUUAUAUGCCUAACACAAUCGGAUGUAUUGAUGGUUGCCACAUACGCUUACAUGCACCAAGAGACAAGAGAUCUGAUUAUACCAAUCGUAAAAUGUUCCAAUCAAUUGUUCUUCUGGCUGUAUGUAAUGCUAAGUUGGAAUUUACCUAUAUUUUCUCUGGUUGGCCAGGAAGUUCCCAUGAUGCGAGGGUCUUUAAAAAUUCAUCUUUGGGACACACAUUAAUAAAUAGUCUUCAAGAAAUAAUUUCUAAAAACCAGCACAUCCUCGGAGAUUCAGCAUUUCCUUUACUAGAAAAUCUCAUGGUUCCUUACAAAGCUACUCAUAUUCUGACAGAAAAGGAAAAGUCAUUCAAUAGAAGGUCGAGUUCUACCCGAGUUGUUAUAGAACAAGCUUUUGGAUUGUUACUUGGCCGUUUCCGGAGACUUAAGUAA